AUGGUUAAAGAAAACUACCUUAUUUGGAUCCGAGCCAAAAUUUCACGAACAGUAGUUCGCGUUGGGGUAGGGCUGUGGCGGUUGCAAGGCCACAGCAGCUUCGGUCAAGCUCAUCACGGGCUUUGUGGGGGCUGCUCAGGCGCAGCAGCUCAGGAAGGAGGGCUGGUGGACUCGGCAGAGCAGCGAGCAGGCCGGGGUCGAGGAAGGAGCAGCAGUGCGCAGCUCGGGCCAGGCGAAGACGGGGGAGGCGCGGUGACGGGUGGAGCAGCUUGCGGACGUUUGGGCGGUGGCGCGGUGUCAGGCGGAGGUGCAGGCGCGGUGACGAACGAGCAGGGGUGGAUUGCAGGGAGACGGCGUCGGAGGCGCGGGUGGAGAUGUCAGGUUGCUGGCAUUAACGGGCCAGCAGCGGUUGGUUGGAGAGGUGGUACGACCGGCGGGGAAGGUGGUGCGGGUUGCGGGCGUCGGGCGCGGUUUGCUGGGCGUCGGGUCGUCGCAGGUCAGCGCAGGUUGCAGGCGGAGGCUGGCGGGCGCGAUGAAGGCGAGCGACGGCAGCAGCGGAGGCGGAGGGAGCGUCGGGCGCUGCGGGUGAAGGCGAGCAGGUCGUGGGUCGUCGGGUUGAGGCCGGCGACGGGUGAGUGGGGCUCCGGCGCGGUGACGAGCUGCAGAGGAAUGGAGGACGCUGAAGCGGAUCGGAAGCCGCGGGUCGUCACGGCCACAGCAGGGGCGACGAACGGCGGUGCGAGCUCGUGGGUGGUGCUCGCACAGGGGAUGGCCGGGCGAGUGGCGGUGAUUGGUGGUGCGGCUGGGCGGAGUUUUGCUGCGAGGCGAACGGGUGAGGAGCGGAAACCGUGGAAAUCCGGAGCGAAGAACUUUUGGAGAAGAUGA